AAAAUUCAAACCGGAUCAAAUUUAAAAUAUGUUUCGAAUUUAGGCUAAAAAUAAAAAAAAAAUCGAGCUGAGCAGGUGCACGCACGCCCCCGGCGUAUAAACCGCAACCACCGGCCUGUCGUCCCCUAUCUCCCGCGGGCCUGCUCUGCUCUGCUGGGCCACGGCUCAUCCUCCGGUGCAUCGCCGGAUGCUCAUGGCCGCCGCCACGCACCUGGCCGGAUCUGCCCACUCCUCAUCCUCCUCCAUCUCGCCGCAGUCGCCGCCGCCCUGGCACCCAGUCGUACUCGUGCCCAACCACAACCAGCACCACCAGGCCCUCCACGACCUGGACGUCCUCGUCACGCCGUCCUUGUCCCCGUCGCCAGCAACAGCAACGCCGCCGCCGCCGCCGACGACGACAACGCAGCGCCUCCUCCGCCCCGCGGAAGCCCGGCGCGCGGGCAAGCAGCGCCGUCGUCCCAGGCCGUCGCGGAAGCUGCCGACCACGUACAUCAGCGCCGACGCCGCUAGCUUCCGGCGCAUGGUGCACCAGGUCACGGGCGCCGACGACGUAGUAGCAGCUCACCAAGCCACGUCGGAGCUCCUCUGCCGCCCGGCCCCGGCGCACUCCCGCGCUUCCCUGGCGACGACGACGCUGCUGCUGCCGACGCUGGACACGUCGGCGUUCCUGCUCGGCGCGGCACGCGGGGGUCGGGACAGUGGUGGAGCGACGCCCGGCCGCCAUGGCUCCGCUGUGGCGGUUGGUGAUCCGGGUGCCGCGUUGCAGGCCUGUGGCCGUGGCGGCGUACGAGGAGGAGGAGGAGGAAGCUGCAGCGCCGGCGGGUUCCGGAUCCCGAGCUUGGAGUCGUGGGAUGACGCCGACGCUCUCUUCCAGCAGGAGUAGCUAGGUGGCGUCUCCAAGACUCCAAUCUCCAUGAUGAACGCAUCCGAUCCAUGCAUCGAUCAUUGAUUGAUUAGAAUAUUCAGGGUCUACUUUUGAUCGAUCGAGCUUCUUGUUGCUAUUAUAUUGCUGGGAAGGAAUAUUAUGGAUGAUAAUAAGCAUGUAAUCGAUCGAUGUGGUUAGAUGGACAUGGAGGAGCAACAAUGAUCAUCACUACUUUUUGGGUAGCGUGUCAUUCGUGCUUGGUUCCAUUA